GCAUUCGAGCUGACGCGCGCACUUUUUUUUUGCUCGACGUUGCCGUCACGAGUGCGAGGAAGAAACACGUGCCCUGUGCUCCAAUUGUUGCUCGCUUGCUUCCCUCUCUUCGCUCGACCACCAUCGCAAAAGCCAUGGAGGCACGCGCUACUCUCGUACUGAUAAUCUCAGCGGCAGGCGUGAUAAACGCGCAAAAUCCCUACGAUCGGCAGUACAACAAUCCGCAGGCGCUGAACGCGCGUCGAGCGUACGGCAGUCCGCAGCCAGCGUUCGUCGGACAGCCACGCUACAAUCCGGAUUACUACGGCCGCCGCUACGCUAUUUUGCGACAGACGCACCAGCAGGACAUCGACGGCACUUACGAUUUCAGCUACGACACGGAGAACGGCAUCCACGCAGCGGAGUCGGGCCGGCCGGUGUUCAAGGGCCAGCCGGUGGAAGUGGUCCAGGGCGAGUUCAGCUACACGGCGCCGGACGGCACGCCGAUCCGGCUGAGCUACGUGGCCGACGAGAACGGGUUCCAGGCGCGCGGCGCCCACCUGCCCACGCCGCCGCCCAUCCCGCUGGCCAUACAGCGCGCGCUCGCCUACAACGCCGCGCAUCCCGAGGAGGACGACUACCUGCGCCCCGGCCUCGCCAACCUCGCCAGCCGGCAGGCUUUCGACAGGCUCGGUUACCAGAACGCAUAGCCGCCGCGAUCUCCUGCCACCGCCCGCUGAUCUCCCUCUGUCCGCAGCUUCUCCCUCGCUCUUCAUCCGUGUAUGUCCCCCUUAACGCCAAGCGUCUCUCUCCUGUGCGUCCCGGGCGGCACCGCGUCCGCGGCGACCGUUCGCCCGAUCCGGCGUUGCGCAGUCCGACGUCCGCAUCUGCGAGCGACACGACGAGGCUCCGGCCGACUGCGCUCCGCCGCGGAAUGUACUUGUAAACUAACAGCAAUAAAUGAAACAGCCAGUGUUCAACCUUAA